CUGGCAGCCGGCCUUUCGCUCUGCUAGUGAGGCUGCUUCUCCCAACAUGGCCCUCAAGGAGCACGGGCUACACCUCUUCCGCAGCGCCGUGGGCACCGUCCUACCAGGUGCCAUGAUGAGGAAGGCCCUGGUUCUUGAGACAGGCAGAUGCCCCAGGCUUGUGGUCCAUGGCCGGCCUUUUGAACUGAAGAGGAACUUGUAUCUGGUUGGUUUUGGGAAGGCUGUUCUGGGCAUGGCAGCAGUGGCGGAAAGCAUCCUUGGUGACCACCUUGUUAGAGGAAUAGUAAGUGUUCCUCAAGGCAUUCAGGCAACUCUGCAGCUCAAAGGAAUGAGGGAGAUGUUGCUGAAACCCCAGAGUUGCAUCCAAGUCAUAGAAGGAGCUAAGCACAACCUUCCCGACAGAGAAUCUCUGAAGGCAGCCAAUGCCAUCCGGGCACUUGCCGAGGGCCUGACGGCAGAGGACCUUCUUCUAGUGCUGAUCUCAGGAGGGGGGUCUGCACUUUUGCCUGCACCUGUCCCACCAGUCACCCUUGAAGAAAAGGAGACUGUUACCAAGCUCCUGGCUUCCAAGGGAGCCACCAUUCAAGAGCUUAACACCAUUCGGAAAGCACUGUCUUUGUUGAAAGGCGGGGGGCUGGCACGGACUGCCUUUCCAGCACAGGUGUUGAGUCUCAUCCUCUCUGAUAUCGUUGGGGAUCCUGUGGACCUUAUAGCCAGCGGCCCCACCGUCGCUAGUCCACGUAGGGUCCAGGAUUGCUUUCAGAUCCUUGCCAAAUAUGAUCUGACCAACAUCAUUCCAGAGUCGGUGCGAACAGUGCUCUCCAGCCCAGACCCAGAGUGUGACCCUCCCAGAGACUCUGCCCACGUCCACAACGUCAUCAUUGGCUCUAACAGACUCGCUUUAGAGGAGGCUAAACACCAAGCAGAGAGUCUGGGCUACCUGACUCUGGUUCUGAGUGAUGCGGUGUGUGGGGAGGUCAGCACUGUUGCCUACCUCUACAGCCUUUUCAUUCAGUUUGUUUGCUUGAGAGGUACUGGAAACGACCCUUUAAAAGACAAGGUGGGAGCAGCUCUCUCAAACCUUGCAGGAGAGCUGCAGAUCCCAGGCUUGAAUCUCGUGGACACUUUAGAUGUUUUACAAGGAUCCCAAGCCGAGAUACCUGUUUGCCUCCUGGCUGGUGGGGAGACCACAGUGCGGCUUCAAGGCACCGGAAAAGGCGGGAGGAACCAAGAACUGGCUCUGCGAGUGGCCUUAGAGCUGCACAGGGCAAAGGCAUCUGGGGAUGGCACCUCCCUUGAGAAAUACGAAGCUGUGUUCCUGAGUGGAGGCACCGAUGGACAGGAUGGGCCAACGGAGGCAGCUGGAGCCUUCUCUAGCCAGGAGCUGGUGGGCAUGGCUGAGCAGGACAAUCUCAGUGCGGAGGCUUUUUUGAGCAACAACGACUCACACACCUUCUUCGCCAGAUUCCAGAACGGGCGUCACCUUCUGAUGACAGGCCUGACCGGCACAAAUGUCAUGGACAUCCAUGCUGUCUUAAUCAGAGUCAGAGGCGGCAAUAGCCUGCUUCAGCAGGUGUCUGAAUUCAGAGCUGACCUGAAUGCCUGUAUAGCUACAGAGCUUCAGGGUCUCACUGCCACACAUCAAGCAGACAUGCCUUUGCUUUGA